AGGGGAUACAACACAGCUUCUGCUACGUCUGGAUAGUCUUCACAGUAGAGUAAUACUACUUUAUCCUGUAAAUAUGUACAUUUUAAAUUAUUUGUAAGGGUUUGUUAAAUUUGACUUGUUUUUGGAUUUAAAAAAAUAUUGCUUAUUUCUGGUGGUUUUGACCCACGUAUUUGCAGUUGGACUGGCAGGUCACCUGUUCUUGGCUUGGCUAGCUGGCUAAUUGUUUGUUUAUUCAAAUGAUGCAUCGACACUGGACCAGCUUUUUCGUUUGACCUAUCUGCUGGUUCCUGAUCUUUUGAAAUCAUAGAUUUGAAGAGUCCCCUGAAGCUUGAGAGGAAUGGAAGAUGCAGUGCUGAGGCAGAGGGCUCGUAGUGAGGACGACUAGCUACGACACUGUACUGUGUGGGUGAGAUUUCUGGUGCCCAGAGCUGCUGUAUGCCACCAAGAGGGUGCCAUACAUUGUGAAGGAGAAGUCCAGUAGCUGAACCAUCAUCCUUCCUCUGAUCAAACCAUGAACUGUCACUCCAUCUUUGGAAGCUGCAUGCACUCAAAGAUUUGGCCUCUAUUGUUUGACCUAGCUAUAGCUAGGCUACUCAUGAUGUAUUCCUUGUUGGGUUGUUUUUUUUGCCUUUUGAAGCACUUUAAGAUUGCUAUGAAAAUAAUUAUACAAAAUGUAAUUUAGGAUUAUUACUAUCCCGGAGUCUUGCUGUACACUGGAAUGAUUCUAAAUGUCAUUGUCCUUCAACAUUUCCAUGCCGUUGCUAUGGUGAUGUGCAAAGAUUCCGUACCAUAACAGAAUAAUAAGUCAUAUUUAUAAAGUUAUUUUCUCAAACCCAAGGUGCUAAACACCUUGAGAAGCAUGAAAAGCAUCAGAGAGGAGUGGCAGGAGGAGUGGGUAAGUUUAUGAUUAAGUCUUCAUCUCCAUCUGUGUUAUUCUUUUUUUUUUUUAUAAAAACAUUUUUUUUCCUUUCCCCAACUUUGAUCUUGUCUCACCGCUACAACUCCCCAACGGGCUCGGGAGGCGAUGGUUGUGUCAAGCUUCCUCCGAAUUAUGACUCGCCAAACCGCGCUACUUAACACCCACCCGCUUAAACCGAAAGCCAGCCGCACCGAUGUGUUGGAGGAAACACCGUUCAACUGACAACGAGAUCAGUCUACAGGCUCCCUGCUUGCCACAAGGAGUCGCUACAGCGCCAUGAGCCAAGUGAAGUCCCCCGCCCCACCCCAGGCCAAAGCAUCCACUAAUCCUGACGGCGCUGGGCCAAUUGUGCGCCAGCCCCUAUGGGAUUCCUGAUCAUGGCCGUUUGUGAUGCAGCCCGGGAUCGAACCCUGGUCUGUAGUGACGCCUCUAGCUCGAAUCAGAUCAGGGCUGACCAACUCUCUUUGAGAUACUUGGUGUGCAGGUUUUCUUUGUUACAAAUAAAUGUAACUAAACUAUGUGGAUGUUUAGAAGAGGUCCUGGUCCUAUCGUCAUGGGGCCUUAAUAGGAUGGUAGGAAAGGCUUGGUUGUUGAUUGCACUCUGAAUGGAAAAGGAGGGUCAAAUGAGAUGCUUCUCUUGCCAAGACUUGAACUUCUACAUUAACUUGAAUGUAUCCCAGAGGGGGAACUCUUAACUGGACACCACAAGUUUAUGUAUUGAGGGGCUGUUUGACUGUUAAUACAAACUUUUUGGAGGAUUUUUUUUAUUUUUUUUUACUUUUGUGAAUUCAUGCAACAUUCUGUACAUAAUGUGUGGUCAGGUGUUUUUAAAGCAGGGUUGGAGCAAAAGCAUGCACACCCUCGAAAGGAAUGUUGGCUAUGUUUAGGGACUAUGGAAACACUGUGUUCAGUUAUCUUGUGCACAAAAUGAAUGUUGUGCAAUGCAUCAUGCCUGCAUUAGUGUAAAACAUUCCCAGACAAAUGUAUUAAAUGAUUCACCAGGGCAGGAGCAAACACUGCGCAGGAACCCGAGAUGAGCCAGAGCGCCGCCCCAAGAUGUCCAUAUUCAGAGCGAUGUGGGAUAAAAUGGGGACCCCGUCGACGGCCCUCCGCUCCCCAGGCAACUGGAACCCCAAACUCCCACCCGCCAGGCUCGACGCCUCCCUUUCUUCACUCUACUACCUUGACUUCAACUCCCGUGAAACCGAGCUGGGGCCCGAUUACGCCCCCCUGGCCCUCACCCUGGGGGGCCACAGCCUCAUCUUCCAGGAGGGCCAGUGGCUGUUGCAGCAGACGCCCCAAGGGGCCAAGGGCCGGAGUCCAAAGGCAGGGGACCGAACCCGUAUCCGCCGCCUGAAGAAUAAGAACCGGGAGUUACAGGAGGAGAAUAAUGCCCUGAAGAUCCGGGUGGAACUGCUGAUGGACAUGCUGGCAGAGACCACAGCCCGGCUACAGGGCUCUGAUCCUGGGGAGGGGGGCAGCCAGGACAGCCUAGCAGUACCACAAACACCCCAGAAAAGGGCAAGCUUCCAGAUACGUUCUACUUAAAGAAAGUCCUAAAAAAGUAUGAUAACAGUGGGACUGUGUGAAGUGGAUGAAAUGGUUCCUGCUGGACGAAUAAACGGAGGUUGACUGUCAUCUGUUUCAUUGGACUUGGUGUUUAAAAAAAAAAAAAAAUGUAUAAGUAUUUGACUGGCAAUUCUAUCCUGUGCUAGAGCAAGUGUGUUGGCGGUAGGGCAGCUUUAUACCACUGCUGAUGCAUAGUUGUCUGCUGAGUGCUUUCGGGUGUGUGGUGGACUGAUGGGAAAUGAGGCGGUAGACACCAUGUUUUUCGCUUUCAAUUGGCUGACACAGAUCAUUAGCCAGGAUGUGCUAUGUAAUAAAUAAAUAAAACAUUUGU